AUGGCCAACGCGGGGCUGCAGCUGUUGGGCUUCAUCCUGGCCUUCCUGGGCUGGAUCGGCUCCAUCGUCAGCACGGCACUGCCCCAGUGGAAGAUUUACUCCUAUGCCGGCGACAACAUCGUGACCGCCCAGGCCAUCUACGAGGGGCUGUGGAUGUCCUGCGUGUCACAGAGCACCGGGCAGAUUCAGUGCAAAGUCUUCGACUCCUUGCUGAAUCUGAACAGCACUUUGCAAGCAACCCGCGCCUUGAUGGUGAUUGGCAUCCUUCUGGGUCUCAUAGCCAUCUUUGUGGCCACUGUUGGCAUGAAGUGUAUGAAGUGCAUGGAAGACGAUGAGGUGCAGAAGAUGCGCAUGGCCGUCUUUGGGGGCGUGGUAUUUCUCAUUGCAGGUCUAGCUGUUUUAGUUGCCACAGCAUGGUAUGGCAAUAGAAUUGUUCAAGAAUUUUAUGACCCCAUGACUCCGGUCAAUGCCAGGUAUGAAUUUGGUCAGGCCCUCUUCACUGGCUGGGCUGCUGCUUCUCUCUGCCUUCUGGGAGGUGCCCUACUGUGCUGCUCCUGUCCCCGGAAAACAACAUCUUACCCAACACCGCGGCCUUAUCCAAAACCUGCACCUUCCAGUGGGAAAGACUACGUGUGACACAGAAGCAGAAGGAGACAGCACUGUUGAAACAAAUAGAAAAUGGACAUUGUAAUAUUGUCACUGACCUUAGACUUUUGACUAUUGUAGUCUGAACUGUGGUAUUACCAAAAAACAAACCAAAACCAAAAAAAUCCCAAUAUUUAAAAAAAUAUUUUAAAAAAAUAUUGCUAAAAAUGGCUUAGUCUUAUUUUAUCUCCUUUCCUCAAUACAGGAGGGCAGCCUUUUCCAUUUUUAUUACUGCUUCCCACUGAGUAAUCAUCUCAAAUGAGGGGAGGGGGCGCUACAUAAAUAUAUAUAGAUAUGUAUAUAUAUAUAUACAUGGUUUUCUAUAAAAAGUUCAAUAGCAAAAGCUCUUAUCAUUAUGUUGGUACCAGUAUACUUAAAGUAUGUCUAAAAAAAGAAAAAUAUAUUUAAUUCUAUAUUGACUAAAAAAGCAGUUUAUUUGGUGUGCUUCUCUUCUUCUGUAUGGACACAUAUAUAAUAGGUCAAAUAUCCUUUUCCCUCUUUCAUUAGCUUUUAGAGUCUUUGACAGAAACCCUACCCACUUUAUCAAGUAUAACUUCUUUCACUUCUUCACAUGUGCCCCUUUCAUGUGCUUCUUUUACAUUAUUUUUAUUACAGUCUUAGACCAUGUGCUUUGUCAUCAGUCAUUUUUCAUGUCUUUAUUGUUUUUUAUGAGGCUGAGCUUAAACCUUGAAUCUGAUAACACAUUUCAUAUGCCUACAGUUUAAUUCCUAGAGUCAGUAAGACUCUCUCACAAAUCAGAGCUUUAGGAGCAGAUCUUUCUGUAGGAGCAGAUGAUAUAUUCCUGUUGACCUUCCCACACGAUUUCUGUACUCUGCCUUAGAACAUUCUUGUUUGCUUUGAAAAUAUUUGUCUGAUUGAGUUGCUGUGUGCUGCCUUCCCAGGUGUCGUAACAUGAUUUUAUUGAUUGAAUUUUUAAGCUACUUAUUCACAUCUGUAUAUCCCCUCUAACUAUCUUUUUCUCCCCUCACUCUUCAGCCAUAUUGUUUUAUCAUCUAUAAUUAUCAUAGAGUUUAGCUCUUUCUAGAGAAAAAUGGCUCAGGUGUCUGAAUGAAGUGCUAAGCUUCCUGUAGUGAUAAGCUGAUGACAAAUAUUCUCUCUCUAGCUGUAAGUGAGUCACUUAAUCUUUCUCCUCCUUUCCCAUCUGUCAAAUUGAGAUAAUGAUACUUAACCAGCUGGUAGAGGCGGUGUGAGUAUCAAUUAGUUGAUAUUAUGCUCAUUCUUUGAACAUGAACUAUGCCUAAGUAGUGUUUUUAUUUGCUCAAUUGGCUGUUAAGAAGUCACUGAACCCAACCUUUACAACGCCUUUACAUCGCUCAGCACCUUCCUUUCUCCAUUGGUCCAUUCCCUUUCUAUCAGCUAUGUAUAACAUACUGUUGGUUCACUGCUCCAUUUUAACAAUUGCUCUUAGUUUUCCUGUCUGAGAAAUUACUACUUCACUAGAGCAAGAUGAUGUAAUGGAAGGGUGUUGGCUUUGGUGUCCAGAGACCUGAUUUGAAUCUUGGUGCUAUCAAUUACUACGUGAGUUUGGGCAAGGCACUUGGCUGCCCCAGAUUUAUUGCCUCAUCUGUACAAAGGGGAUUGUGACUCCUGACCUGCCUACCUCACAGGGCUGUUGUGGGGACCCAGGAAGAUGGGAUAUAUGUAAAUGUGGUUUUAUAAGGUAAAAAUAAAAAUACUCUACAAAAAAAGAAUUAAGGAUUUAAGUGCAUAGGUUUUGGAUUGCUUUCCCAAUCACUGAAAAGAGAAAUUUUAAGAAAUGGCCAUCAUCCCUUAAUCUCUCACAUAAUGAGACACUAAGUGAAAUUCAGCUUACUAAAUGGAAAAGAUUCUGAGAAAGUCUUAGUUUCUUCAGUCGGUAUUGCCUGAUGCUUUUUAUGGAUAAGCUUUUCUCCUUUCAGUAAUGCAGACUUGACUUAGGAUAAGUUUGCCGAUGUAAUGGGUGAAACAGAAGUGUGAACAUUAGCAAAGCCAAAGUAUGGACAAUUUUUUGAAUUAUAGUAACUGGUCAGCAUAUACGAGGUGUUGUUAUUAGCUGGCAGGUAGCACUACUUGAAUAGAUAGUUUGGGAAUGGUAAUUCAUGGUGAAACCACAUGGGGGAACUUAUCCAAAGGGCUGCAUCAUAUGAGGCUAUGAACCAGAAAAUUUUAGUGUGUCUUCCAAGUCUGAAACUCUUAUGUUCUUAGGAGCUAUAAUUCAAAGAGUCUUACUACAUACAUAGGCCCUAACGAUGUCUGAGUGUAAAUGUAUGUGGCUACUAGUUGCUAAACUCUACUGAGAAAUUGAUAGUCUAAAAUGGCCAACAGAAUUGGUACACCAGAAUUUAUCCAAUUCUGAUAUUUUUGUACUCUCCUUCUGUGCCUGGAAACAGACAAAUAGAUAUUUUGGAGUUUUGUAAUGGGAAUUUGUAUAAAGCAUUACUCUUUUUCAAUAAACUGCAUUUUUUUUUAUAAAAAAGAAA